AUGUCUUCUACAGAUGAACUUCAACAGACUUUAGCACUCUACCUUAGUGCUGAGAUGAUUCUCACUACACCAAUCUCUACUCUUUCUGUGCAAUUCUGCAUAUAUGGAAUCUACUGUUUUAUAUUUGGACUAUCAAUUCAUGUUCUCUUUUGGCAAGCUAAUUCUGUUCACAGACUAUAUAAAGGGGGCAAUAUAGCUCUCUUUGUACUAGCAACUAUCUACACUUUUGUCAAUACUUGGGCAUUAUCUCGGCAAACCUUCAUAGAGUUCCAUGCUGCAACAACAAAGGAUUAUAGCUCACUUAUCCAGUAUGUUCAUGGAGAUAAUCAGAAGAUUGCCUGGAUUGGAACUACAAGCAUUAUUUCAACUCUUAUGAACUCAAUAGCUGAUACAAUGCUUAUUCAUCGUUGCUAUCUCAUUUUCAAUUCAAACAAACUUGUUCUGUUUCCACUUGUUGUGGUUGCAAGUAUUCUGAAUGUCAUUGACCUUGGGUCUAUUAUUUUCUUUGCAAUUGAAUUUGGCAGCUCAUCAAAACCUGAAAAUAAUCGCCUUGCACAGAAAGGGAUCUACAUUGACAGUAGAGCAGCAAUAGGAAUAGCUGUUUUUCAAAUUAUAUUGACAUCUUUGACUGGAGGCUGCAUUUGGUGGAUUACUCGUCAAGCAAGGCAAUUUAUGCGAGGGUCAACAUGCACAAGGUAUAAUAAUAUUACAGCUAUCAUUGUUGAGUCUGGAUUGCUAUAUGCAGGUUCCUUGUUGACUUCAAUAAUGAUUCAAUUGGGAGUCAACACAAAUGAUGUUUUACCAUUUGAUUUCUCAACUGUCUCCCUUUUAAUGUCUGGUCUUGCUCCUACAAUGGUCAUUGCUCAGGUGGCAUAUGGAAAAUCUGUUGAAAGUAUUCAGCAGACAAUAUCAAUGUUUGGAGCUGCUAUUGCCCAAGCUAGUCAACAGAAUGGCACAAGACAAGGAACAAUUUACUUCCAGUUACAAACUCAGCCUGGAAUUACCAUCAAUGGCAUACAAGAAGUGGAGGAGACAUCAGCUAUUCCAACAGUUGACAAGGUGUAG